AUGAUCCGGGAGGCAGACGUGGACGGCGAUGGCCAGAUCAAUUACGAGGAGUUUCUGGCAGGCUCGUGUGAUUUCCGGCCCUCAACACAGUCCUUUGCAGCCAUGGCUGAUCAGCUGACCGAAGAGCAGAUCGCGGAGUUCAAGGAGGCCUUCUCUCUUCUCAGAGAAGUGGACCACGGGGCUGAAAGCGACCGAAAUCGUCAAGGCCGUGUGCCGGAUGCUGCGUCCUCGCGCAAUGGAGCCUCGAAGUCGCCUGUGAAAGGCGGCGCCCCGACGCGGACUGCGGCGCCUGCCACAACUUCCAGCGCAGGCCCGCCAAAGGCACUGGGAGCCGGCACGGUGACCAGACCUAAGGCUCCCGGGAAGGCGCCGCCACUCAGGCCCGGCAUGGGCACGGUGGCCAGGCCUCCAGGCGGUUCGGCUGCACCCCAGCGAACGAUUCCUGGAGUGGUCGUCCGGCCAGUGGUGGGCCGGCCACCUGCGCCGGCUUUGCCAGCACCGGCUCCUGGAGGCUCAGCAGGCUCAGUGAAGACUUCAGGCGCGGUGAGCAGCGCCAAAGCCUCUUCGCCAGGCGCCGCAGGCAGUGCGCCAGCGUCUGGACGCUCCCCCACUGCAGGUGCGGCUCCAGCUGCACCAGCCAAGGUCGCAGAAGGCGCACCUGCGCCCAAGACGGUGGGGUCAGCGCAAGGCGCUGAACCGGCGCGCGCAACAGGUGAGGCUGCUCGCACAGGACCUGAGGCAGCUCGGGCUUCUGGAGGCAGCACUGGUAGCAGCACCGCUGCAGCACCGCGGCCAGCAGGAAGCGCCCCUGCAGCCAAAGCUGCGGCAGCAGGCGCACCGGCACGGCCUGCAGGUGCUCCGCCUGCCGGCAUGCUGGCUAUCCUGGGUGGCAUGUCAGACUUUCUAUCUUCGGUGUCCAAUCAAGCAACUGGCGGAUACUCGGAGGAGCAAACUCGAGGCUGCAUUGCCUGUGCUCUGAGAUUGGGAAAGCCAGAGCCGGUGAAAGUCCUGGCAAGGCUCCACGGCCUGGCCGCCAGUUGCUGGGCUCACAGUUCUGCAGACUCAGCUACGAUCAAGGCGUUGGCGGUGCUCGUUGGCGUCUCCCUUGCAGCCAACAAGGACUGCCUCGAAGAGGCCAUUGCGCGGCGUUUGGUGAGGCUUGAUUGGAGGCGUGAGCAUCAGCUCACUGCGCUCGCCCUCCUGCUGAAGGAUCCGCCCAAGGCGGAUGCCGAGGCAUGGCGAGAAGCCGAUCUCCUCAGAAGCCUCGCCAAAGCUAAGAGCCUUUCAGGAGACGUUCAUUUGAGCGUGCUCCGGCUGAUUCUGGGAGUACCACAGCCAGGUGAAGAUGCCGAUGCUGCCAGCGCGCUCGCGGAAAUGCUUCGCAUCAUUGGCAACGGGACGUGGAAUGCAGAGAUCCAGCUGGCAGCUAUGGCGAUCGCCUUUCAAACAGCGGAGACGCUGGAGGCGGUACUGCAGAAACUUGCGCAGAGUGUCACCAAACAGUCCUUAUCCAAGGAGUCGGGCACGGAGGUUUUGGAGUGCGUGCUGCAGAUAGACCAAGGGAAGCGGGGCAACCCUCAGGCAGUCAGUGCUGCACUGCAGCGAGCGGACAUCUCUGCAGAGGUUCGCAAGGCUGUCAAUGAAGCAUUGCAUGUGUCUGAGGAUGAGGCUGGCUGGGAUGCAUUGAAGGCUUUGGUGGAUGAAGCGGAUGAAGAGGAGGAUGCAGAGGAUGAGGAGGAAGAUGAGACGGAUGCGAAGGAGGCAGAAACCGACAACAAGGCUGGCGAGGAGGAUGACGAUGAGGGGGAGGAGGAGGAGUCCGUGGACCUUGACGACAUGGGAGCGUGGGACUCCGAAUCGGAGGCCGCCAGCUACGGAGGCUCAGACUUGGACGCACUCCAUUUCUCUGACUCGGACAUGGAGAGCCUGGGGCUGUCCGGGGACGACGGCACAGCGACGAAAGAGAGCAGUGGAGGCGGCUUGCUGACUGCUAUGUUCCGGGGCGGAUCACUCCACUCCGAGGAGAAGCUGAGGGACCGGGGAAGGCGGGUGAUGAUCGUGGAGUAUCCCAACAUGAUCUGGAAGGGCCAGGACAUUUGUGUAGUGCAGAAGCCUGCAGACUGGAUUUGCUCCGCCAGUGAUGUGGACAAGAAGAAGGGCCGCAAGCUUGACCCAAAUGAAGAUUUGCGCAACAAGGGCUUCAAGAUCAUGAAAGACCUGCUGGACUACAAGUUUGCGGAGCGUGAGAAGAAGUACAUCCACUGGUGGAUCCAGCUGACUCACGAAGCGAACCGCGAACAUUUCCCAAACCUGUUCGAUGUGGACCAGAACUAUGGGCUUUGCCACCGGCUGGACAGAGAGACCAGCGGUACUGUGCUUGUUGGCAUCACCAAAAGAUGCCGCACACAAAUGCGGGAGUGCUUCCACCGACACUACGUCCGAAAGCUGUACGUUUGCUUGGCGCACGGUUUCAUCGACAAGGCAGAGCAGACUGUCGACCGAAACUUGGAGGCCAUGGGGCAGAAAGCGAAGCUCGACCGGCGUGGAAAGAGGGCUCGCACCCACGUGAAGGUGCUGGGCUAUUUCACUCGCACUCACAAGAGUGGGAAGGUGGAUGAGUACACACUUUGCACUUGUGAGAUUGCAGAGGGGCGAAUGCAUCAAAUCCGCCUGCACAUGUCAGCAGCGCUGGGCUCGCCCAUUGUGUCAGAGUUCUACUACCAGAAAGCCAAGCAGAUGAUCGAGGAUCGCCGCUGGUGUAAUCGCGUUUUCCUCCAUGCAUACGCAGUUGGCUUCCCCGACAUGGGUGGGGCGAAUGACCCAGCUGAGGAAGAGGAGGAUGGCGAUCACGAGGAUGAGGAGGAGAAGGUCCGGGUUGAAAACACCGAGCAGGAAUGGCACUGCUGUAUUUGCCCUCUCACUGGUGAGUUGCGGAAGGUCUUGAAAGACCUAAAGCCUCGGGACCAGCAGUUGAAGGGCAUCCAGGCUGAUGCCAUGCUGCAGAGCUGCCUGGACGGUGGCCUCAUCAGCCCUGGUCACAAGGAUGUCCACUGCAAGGGCUCGCAGCAGCGGCAGUCGCUCAUUGACGAGGUCUUCUUCCCGUGGAGCAGCAAGGUAAACCCGAUCCAGGCCGGAGACCUGGCAAAGGUGCGGGCCGAUGCAUCCCAGAGGACGAAGCAGCAGGCUUUGAUCCAGCAGCAGCAACAGGAGCGGUUGGAGAAGCAGAAGAACAGGCAGCUGCAGCAGGAGCAGCGCCGAUCCAACAGCCGCGAUGGUCGCGAGGGCACCGUGGCAUUGAGGCCGAAAGCGAAAGCUGGCCGCAGAUGUAGCGCGUCCCCUAGGCGAAAGCGAGGACAAAGCGUGGGAAACAAGCGGCCGCGCAUUGGACGGCGCUUGCGAUCCCCGGGGCCUCCACCCCCACCUGCAAGAGACAGGAGUGCGGAGCCUUCUGUCAGCCCAUCGGAUGCACAAGCUCCGCGGCAGGGGCGGCGGAUUCGAAGUAGAAGUGGUGGUCGAGUCAAUCGACGGCGGUCCCUCUCGAUCCGGAGGAGGGUGCCCGCAGCGCCCUCGCGCUCUGUGUCCGUGAUGCGGAGAAGAGGAAAGCGGCGCAAAAGAGAGCUUCCCGGGUCGCCUGGGCGGUCGCCGGAGAAGCGAGGAGAGCUGGGCGGGCGCCCACGCCGAGGUGGAACCCUCUCUCAAGGCUGA